AUGGACCAUGACACCUCACAGCACCAUCAUCCCUAUUUUUUGACCACUUUUUACCACUUUUCCCCCCUUUUUCCCUGGAAACAGAUCGCCCAGACCAUCCUGACCCGGGACUGCUCCCAGUCCUGCACGUGCCGGGGCCCAGGGGGGCUCCAGUGCCGCCCCUUCUCCUGCCCCCUGGGCCACACCUGUGACCUCUUGAAUGGCACCCGGACCUGUGUCCCCCGCCCAGGGCGGUGCCUCUUGUCCUCUCCCACCCGCUUUGUCACCUUCGAUGGCCUCCCCGGGGCCACCCUGGCCACCGGCGUCUACGUGGUGGCCACUGUGUGUGACCUCCGGGCCCCCACCUGGUUCCGGCUGCUGGGGGUCAUUGGGGACAUCGGGGACCACCCAGGGAUGGUGGCCCUUCACCUCUUCACCCACCACGGGCUCAUCACUGCCCGCACGGAUGGCAGAGUCUGGCUCAACGGAGUCCCCACCUCCCUCCCCGUGGAGCUCUCGGGGAAGUUGAACAUCACAGAGUCAGGCGGGACCCUCCGGAUCGGGUGGAUCCCAGGAUUCCAGGUGGAACUGGGAGCCCAGGGGGUGGCCCUGGAGGUGACAAAGGACACUCGGGGGACCCUCUGUGGCCUCUGCGGGGACUAUGACGGGGCCACGACCAAUGACCUGCGGGGCCCUGACGGGACAGUGACAGGGGACACGAGGGAGCUGGCACAGGCCUGGAGGGCUCCUGACUUCAGCCAGUGAUGCGGAAAAUCGACUUUUCGCCGCUGCCAUGACCCGAAACCGCCCCGGAGACGGAACAGCCGCGUUUCUAUAUCACUCAAACCCGCCCUGCCCCUCCCCCCCCCCCCCCCAAAUAAAAUAAAAGUUGGGGAGAA